UCUUGCUGCGUUCAGGGCGCAGUGUCCCGUCAGGAGUCCGCAGAAAGACUCGCUGCUGCACACCGGAAUUCAACACAACAAUGGCGUCUCCCUGUCCGGAAAGCAACUCCAAACAGUCCAGCAGCACUGUGGGGUCCGCGUCGCCCCGCUUCCAGCAGCAGGGCCCGGAUAGCAGCAUGCAGGAAACCAACACCUGCUGGAGAUGUCAAAAUGAAACAGGUAAACGAAAAGCUCUGAAGCUGAAUUUCGCCAACCCUCCAGUGAAAGCGGCCUCCAGGCUCCCGCUCCAUCCAACCGCCCCCCCUUUCCAGAAUCCUCACAUAGAGCGUCUACGCACACACAGCAUCGAGUCAUCUGGGAAACUGAAAAUCUCUCCGGAGCACCACUGUGACUUUACAGCAGAGGACCUCAGGGACCUUGGGGAGAUUGGGCGCGGAGCCUACGGUUCUGUCAACAAGAUGGUACACAAACCCACGGAACAGAUCAUGGCUGUCAAGAGGAUCCGCUCCACGGUGGAUGAGAAGGAGCAGAAGCAGCUGCUGAUGGAUCUGGACGUGGUGAUGAGGAGCAGCGACUGUCCCUACAUCGUCCAGUUCUACGGGGCCCUCUUCAGAGAGGGCGACUGUUGGAUUUGUAUGGAACUUAUGGCUACCUCAUUAGACAAAUUCUACAAAUAUGUAUAUUGUGCAUUAGAUGACGUCAUUCCAGAGGAAAUAUUAGGCAAAAUAACGUUAGCGACCGUUAAAGCACUGAACCACUUGAAAGAAAAUUUGAAAAUUAUUCACAGAGACAUCAAACCCUCCAACAUUCUAAUGGACCGGUCAGGAAACAUCAAGCUGUGUGACUUCGGCAUCAGCGGGCAGCUGGUGGACUCCAUCGCCAAGACCCGAGACGCCGGCUGCAGGCCGUACAUGGCGCCAGAGAGGAUCGACCCCAGCGCGUCCCGGCAGGGCUACGAUGUGCGCUCUGAUGUGUGGAGCCUGGGGAUCACUCUGUACGAGCUGGCCACGGGAAGGUUCCCCUACCCCAAGUGGAACAGUGUGUUCGAUCAGCUGACACAGGUGGUGAAAGGGGAGCCCCCCCAGCUCAGCAGCUCAGAGGACAGGCAGUUCUCCCCUAAGUUCAUCAACUUUGUUAACCUCAGCCUCACAAAGGAUGAAUCCAAACGGCCGAAGUACAAGGAGCUUCUGAAACAUCCCUUCAUUCUGAUGUACGAAGAGCGCUUUGUGGAUGUCGCCAGUUACGUAUGUCGCAUCCUGGAUCAGUUGCCCCCCUCUCCCCUCUCCCCCAUGUUUGUGGACUGAUGGAGGGAACACCGGAGCCCUCAGUGAUUCAGAGGAACUGAGUCUCACCGCCUGAAGCUCAAACAUCUUCACUCGUCUGCAGCUGGGAAAAAUGAGAUCAUUUUUAUGAAGGGAAACCGGAAUAAAGCGCGUGUGUGAAUGUACAAAAUAUGCAAUCUGUGAGACAACAUGUACAUUGAUCAAACCUAAUGUCAGCCGCAUCAUUGUCACGUUUCAGUCAGAGCUCAGCUGAAACCCUUUACCACGAUGAUCAUUACACUUUUCUGUGUUUAGUUAUUAACAGAAUUGCAGCUUCUGUCCUUCAGUCCGAUAGAUCAUCCGAUAUUCUGUCUAAUGCUCAGUAAAAAAACACUUAUCUUCUUUCUUGUCUGCUGAUUAAAAAUGAUUGAAAAAAUGAAUUCUGGUUAGGAAAACUGCAGUAAGUGAAGGACCCUCAGAUCCAACCCUGUGUUUUCCAGAGAUGGUCGGGGCUUUCCCUCUCAGAGGAACCGAGGCUCAGUGUUUCGGCGCUCCAUGGACCGUUCCUUCCUCAUGUACACUGAUGUAAAUAGAGCAUUUCAAUGUGCUGAUCUGAGGCUCAUUCCUGCACACAUGAAACCAAAGGGUGCACAGUGACCGGCGUGUGUGUUUCAGCCUGACACUGCACAGUGAACCUCAUCCACACUGAUCACAGACAGAAGUGCUGCUAAAGGACUUAAUGCCCACAGCAGAGGAGGCAUGUGACUGCACUGAUCACUGUUUCCCAUAGCAAAGCAGGAAGCUUCAUGUGAAGACACUCAAAUUAUUAACAAUGCUACUUUUGCUUUAUUCCCCCACUGUACGCUUUAUUACUUUACAUUACUUGGAUUGCCGUACUUAAAGGGCCCCUGCGGCCGUUGUAGUGUUGUAUGUUCAUGAAGUUGGGAGUCCUGCAGAAGAAAGAAUGGCCUGGGGCUGAGAUGUCCUGAUCUUCAAAACGAAAAGGAAAAGCCCUGAUGUCAUCAUCUUCCAAAGCCACAGCAGCAGUGAUGACCAGCUGGUGAUCUGACUACAUUUCUGUCAAACUGGUUGACUUAGACAUACAGAUGUCGGCCAUGCCAUGUUGGAGACGGCCCCUGCUCUCGGGAUGAGUCUGGAGUUCAGUGUUCUCUCGUUGAAAACACACUUUGAGUAUUUGAGUCUUUUAAGCAGACAAAGAGAAACACCACCAUGUGGAGCGUGGCGAACAUCUGUCUCCUCUCGAGGGACACAUCUCCAGGAAGCACAUCUAUCAACCUCCAGGAUACUGGUUGUAUACAUUGCAAUUGACUAGAAUGUUCAUAUUACAUUAGAAGAUUUAGGUAAUUGAAUAUAAUAUUGUAUCUUUAUCAAGGGUUACAAAUAAAGUUCCCAUGGAAAGUAUUGAAAAA